AUGGCAAAGAAAAAUCAGACUAUGGUAUCAGAAUUUAUUCUCGUUGGCCUUACUGAAAAUCCAGAACUUCAAUCUAUAUUUUUUAUUGUGCUUCUAUGGAUUUAUAUCAUUACAGUAUUUGGAAACCUAUUCCUUAUUAUUGCCUAUAGAUUUAGUCCUAAUCUUCAGACUCCAAUGUACUUCUUUCUUGCCAACUUCUCCUUCCUAGAUAUAUGUUACAUUUCAUCUACUGUACCCAAAAUGUUGUCCAACUUGAUAUCGGGAAGUAAAACCAUCUCAUUUUCUGGGUGCAUCCUGCAGCUGUACAGUUUCGGUGUGUGUGGCGGCACCGAGUGCUAUGUACUGGCAGCCAUGGCGUAUGACCGAUAUAAUGCCAUAUGCCAUCCACUGCUGUAUACCGCUAUCAUGAACAGAAGGACUUGCCUUCACCUUAUUGCUGGUUCUUGGGUUUUUGGCAUAGUCAACAUUUUCAUACAUACAGUCUUGACCUUCCAGUUGCCUUUCUGUGACAAUAAGAUAAAUCAGGUAUUCUGUGACAUCCCGCCUCUGCUGAAACUCUCUUGUAUUGACACCUGGACCAAUGAAAUUGUAAUUUUUUGCACAAGUGGUCUUGUUAUACUUUGUUCAUUUAUAUUAAUAAUUUUAUCUUACAUAAAGAUCAUAUCAUCAAUUUUAACAAUCCAUUCGACCACAGGGACGAGGAAAGCAUUUUCUACCUGCACUUCCCACUUAAUAGUGGUAACAAUAUUUUACGGAUCGAUCAUAUUCGUGUAUCUAAAACCCAAAUCAAGUUAUGCCACGUAUCAGGAUCAAAUGGUGGCUGUCAUGUACACUGUGGUGGCACCAUUUUUAAACCCUUUUAUAUAUAGUUUAAGGAACAGUGAGGUUAAAAAUGCUCUUGCUAAGAUAGCUCCACGUUGUGGAACUGAAAAGCAUUAA